UGAUAAACUGUGAAAGACUAAAGUGAAGUCUGACUGAAUGUGCCGUGGGGAUUGUUGAAAAUCUCAAGACUUGAAAGAUUUGCUUUGGAUUUGCUAGAGAUUUCGAUUUCAGCAGCAAACGAUCCACGUUGUUUUCUUUAUUUGCUUAACUCAAUAAGUGUGGUUUUUAUAUCAGCGUAAAUUGCAAUUUUUCAAGAAAAAUUCAAUCUUCAUUUAGUGAAUAUUAUGUCUCUUUUCGGGUCACUGAUGGGUAUGGCGGACGUCGAAGAUGAUCCAUUUUUCGGAUCCCACAUGAGGAACAUCCAUCGAAUGAACAGCAUGAUGAAUUCCCUCUUCACUCAUCCAUUUGGGAUGCUCAAUGAUGGACCCUUAUCAAUCAUGGGGCCGAGGCACGAUAGUUCCCUGAUGCCAUUCAUGCCUGCUAUGCCUCAACUCAACCGAUUGUUCUCAGUUUCAGACUUGGGUGAUGGCAAUGUGAAUGCAGGAAGCUCAUUCAGCAGUAGUACUGUUGUUAUGUCCAGUGGACCUAAUGGAAAACCACAAAUCAUCAGCUCAUCCAGCAGUACUAAGAUCGGCCCCAACGGCGUGAAAGAGGUGCGCAAGACACACCAGGACACUCGCACCGGUGUUAAGAAGAUGGCCAUUGGACAUCACAUCGGUGAGAGGGCCCAUGUGAUUGAACGUGAACAGAAUUACUACUCAGGAGAUGCGGAGGAGAGGCAGGAGUUCAUCAACAUUGAGGAGGAUGAGGCGGAGCAGUUUGACAGAGAGUUCCAGGAACGUGCGGGGAACUACCGCCGCCCCGCCAUCAUGCCGUUGCAGCAGGCCGACACACGCUUAGCUCUACCGGCGCCGCCCGCGCCAUCUGUCAACGCCGACGACAUAAUCCGAAGACAUCGCCGACCGAGCGCCCGGCGACCCAUCCGAGCAGCAGCCAGUCCUCUCGCCACUUCCUCCAGAUAUUGGAGGAGGAGAUACUACUAAUAUAAUCUACUCUGGCGUUCGCGAAGUAUAUGGAGGCUCGCAUCCACAACGACACCGCAAGCACCACAAGAGUCACCGCCAGUCCAACGCCGAACAUAACUAAACCACGAUCGCACACAACACGGACUUUGCCCCACAAACUGACUAGCGAGCAUUUAAGGAUGCUUCAAUUGACGAUGAUUUUUUUUUUUGUAUUUUUCCAUUAUUUUUUAAUGUUAUAAUCUAAGUUCUUUAUGUUAAGAAAUUCAAUUUUUAAUUUUCUAGUAUGACUUUAGAUCUGAACAUAAUAAUAUGAAGGCGUACCGUCUGGUGUGUUUUCGUAGCAAUGGUCGUUGUCAAAUGGCUCGUCUAGUCCACACUCCAGUAUUCUAUUUAAAAGGUACAUACGCAAAGUCAGCCUAUUUGUGUAUUUAUUUUGCAAAGGACAUAUUUACUAAUUGGCUGAUUUUAUUACUGUGCUUACUGACAUGGCUAUAAAUACAUCACUUAAGCGCUACGUGUAGACGUGUAGCGAGUUUAUCACAAUUCUAUCGUCGGGUCUCCACAAGACGACUAUUAUCCCAUCCAGAAGUAUUGACGCGACCGCUAUACAAUCAAUAUGUUCUGAUCGCGUUCCACUCGACGUAUCAGCCGUAAAGGAGUCUGCCGAGACUUUACCGUACCAACACAACCGUGCUAUGAAGAUAUCUAUCUAUCAAGCGUUUAAACAACUUUAUUAAUAUAGUUAACAAAAUACGACGAUUGUUGAGGCUUCAGUCAUGGCACUCUACUGGAUACAAAUAGCGCACGAGUUGAGUGCAGUCGGGGCCUGAGGUAAAGAGUGUUAGCAUCUCCCCCGCUGUCCGCAAGACUCACCUCGCGCGCCUGCAGUGUAGUGCUGUGCCAUCGUUGACAGUUGUCGUAAAGUUGCCCGUGUUUUUUUUAAAUUUAAUAAUGAUUUAUCCGAGUCCAUCAGGUUCCGUUGCAAAAGAAACUAGUUUGAUUUAUGGCCAAGCACGACAAAUGGCGAAAAAUGUUUUAGAGAUGUGUGUAGAAAGGCAGAACAAAAAUUUUAGAUUUAAUUACUAGGUUAAAAUGGUAAACUUAUAGCAUUGUAUAAAUUUAUCGAUAUACUCAUGAUUAUGGUCAUCAAUUAUAAUUAGGUCACAGCCCUAUCGCAUUGCUGAACUCUGCAUUCAACUCGCGCGGUAUCUGUAGGUCGGUAGCAACACAGUCUAACAGAUAGAGUCUCAUUCUUAUCAAUACAAAUAAGUAAUAAUAUAUUUUUGUCUGAAAGUGCUAUGACUAUUUCGAUUCUUGUGCGUGUAUUAUUAAAAAAUAUGCUUUGCAUUUGUUGACAUUGUCUAGUCACGACCGUGGCUUUUAGUAUUUUUUUAAAUUAGAAAAAUAAUCAAAUUUAUGAUAAUAUUAUUAUAUAUGAUAUAUUAUUUAACCUGGACUUCGGUAGCCUUAACAAAUUUCUUCUUCCUCAGACUAUUUUUACUAUUUUGACGGAAUCGAGUAACAGGCAGACAGACUUUCAGUUACUUAAAUAACCUGCCCAUGCACUGUUUCGGUUGGUGUGAAUUGAAAGCUUAAUUAAAUAAAAAUAUGACUCGAUUUUUAUUCUAAUUAAUAAAUAAAUCUUUUUGGUAUAAAACGAUUCAAUUACAAUAACAUAAUAUUAUAACCACUAUAACAAUGAGCCAUUAUUUUGCAAAUGGCCUAUGACAUCUUUAACUGACUAAAUCAAAAAAUCUAGUAGUGGCAGGCUGAAUAACCCCUCCAUUAUAAUUUUGACACAGUUAAUAGUUAUAUAUGCAACUGUUGUGAAAUAAGGGGUAUUAAAACACGAAUGUGUGUUUUGUAAUAAUAGUAUCACAUGAGUGUUUUAAUACCUAAUUAUCAACAGUUGCAUACAAGACUUUAUCUACUCCCAUAAUAUGAAUCCUCAAUAAAAGAUUCAGAAACAGUUAGCUUACAGGUAACAUUAAAAAAGCAUGCCCUAGUAACCAUUACAUCAUCCAAACGAGUGUUGUAAUGUUGUACUGAAUUUCAUUACAACACUCGUUUGGAUGAUGUAUUGUAUGGUCAUUAGGACAUUGGGUGUUUUAAUGUUGGCAAUAACCUAACUGUUUUAUAAUCUUUAAUAGAUGAUUUAAAGCACGGGUUCAGAUAAAAAAAUCUUUUUUUCGUGGUCUUUGACGCUAGGAUCUUUGAUGUUUAGAUUAAUAAGCAUCGUAAUUAAUUAUAAAAAUAAUUUAUUAGUAGUUUGAAUAUGUAUUGUAUUUCUAAGGGGGUAAAGUGUAUUAUCAAAUACAAUCUGAAUGAUAAAUAAAAUCAAUGCAAUGAAGUAAUUUUUACAGUUAUAUAUUCCAUUGCUUUAACAACAAGGUUACAUAUGUCUGUUUUAAAUUAUUAUUGCAAAAUGACAAAGCGUUUAUCGUGACAGAGCUAGUUAAAGCUAGUUUUAGAGUUUAGGUUUAGAUUUUUUUGUAUCUAAUUCAAUUUGUAACAUUUAUAUAACGGGCUUGGUUGGCCUGCUAGUAUUUAUAGUAGUUAAUUAGUAAUAACUGAUUAUAAUAACGCAGUUGCUAGUAAAAUAAUACUAUAAUUACAAUACAGUGCUUUAUUUAAAAAUCUAUAAAUCAUAUUUAAUUUUCUCAAACAGUGGUACUAAAAAUAGUUGUUUUAUCAGCAACUAUUUAAGUUUCUAUAUGAAAACAUAAUUUUUGCAUCAUAUGCAACAAUUGUUUUCAUCCCCAACUAUUAUGUUUGGUAGAGGAACUAAUUUGCGACCAGCUAAAAAUGUUCUAGAAAUUUUGACACACCUUGAGUUUCCAUAUUAUGCCACAGUAAUUGUUCCACUGGAAAUAACUGUAAUUUCUCCAUGAGCUUUUAAAGUUUUCAAUAUUAAUUGUAAAUCUGGUUUCGUUCUGAUGCGAAAUAAUUUUAUUUUUUUAUAGUAAUAUUAUCCUAAAGGUCCAUCUACUAUUCUUUAGCUUUGACAGGUGUAAUUAAACAGUACAUCAUGUACAUCAUUACCUAAACGGUGACUAGCUCUGGUUGUGUUAUUAACAAACGCGGAAUAAAGUUAUUCCAAAUUUAAAACUUUUUGCCUUUAUCUUUACCUUUGUCACUACAGAAUGACAAGACAGGGAGAAGUAAUUUUAAGCUUGGAGCAGGGGCGUGCAUAUCAUAUAGGCCAUAGGUUCUCAACGUGGGCGAUAACGCCCCCUUGUGGGAGUUUGAGACUUUCGGGGGGCAGUAGCCCCAGUAGACCCAGAGAAAAUUAGGCGGCAUUGAGAUGGCGCAGAUGGGGCGUGGGUAGAUUAAAAAAAAAAUCUAAAAAUUCAUAAAUUCAUGUCUUUUGAAUGUCAAAAAAAAUAUUCCUCAAUAUAACUAAGCAUGCGUUUUAAUUGCUCCCACUGAAAAAUUCUUCUUUCAUUCUUCUUUUUAAACUCAGAAAUAGGAUAGGGGUCAUAUUCUUAUCUUACGACUAUAAUAUAAUAUCUUACGUUUAAAUAUAAUCGUGGCAAUAGCUGUUUUAAUUUCGCGACAGAUGGAAGUAAAAUUAAGAUGGGGGGCUCUAGAAAAAAAAACAUAUUCUCAAAGUGGGCGGUGAGCAAAAUAAGGUAGAGAAACUUUGAUAUAGGCAAUAAGCCAGUUCCUAUCUCGUUAUGAACGUAAAUUAAGUUUGAUCUAGAGUGCCUACCUUGCUAGAAAACAAAUUCACUCCAUUGGCUUGGAGUAACUUUACACUGUGUUUGUUAAUAAGAUAGUAGAGGUACAAAAUAUUGACAACUCCUAACUGAUUCAACUUUAUUACCUAUUAUUGUUUCGCCAAUAAUGUAAUUGAAAAGUAUUUUCUUUGAUUGACGCGUGUAAUUGUAAUGUUUUUCCAUUAGAUUUUUGCGUAAAAGAUACAUUUUUAUUAUUAUUUUAUUUAACCCGACGUUUCUAGACCUUUCCGGAUCUCCUUUUCAAGGGGACUGCAGAUGAAAUGAAUCAAGAAUGAAUUCGUCAUAUUGUUGAAAACUUUAAAUAGAAUUGUUCAAGUUUCAUGUAAACUUUGACCAUAGUACCAAGUAGUAACUAAAUUAUUGUUUUUUUUUAUUGUAAGGCCGGAUGUGAUUGCGUUCGAAAAGUACCAGUGCUGGACGCUAAUGUAUAAGGUCUUCUAUAGUGAUGUAACUAAUAAGUAUUUAGAAGCUAAUUCAGUUUUAUAGAAUUUAAUGCAUUCGUUUAUUAAAUUUAAUCGAUAUUAUAUUAUCUAAUAUAACACUGCCGAUCGCAUCACCAAAUCACUUAUGAGUGUAGCUUAUAUCUUUUCGCUAAUAUGUUAAUUUGAAUUUGAUUAUUCUUAUUGGUUGCAUCACUGGUCUGUUUCACAAUUAGUAAGUUCAGCUUUAUUGUAGAUGUAAGCCACCCGAUAUUUGGAAUUUGUGUGAUCGAUAGAGUAAAUAAAUUUAGAUACAUCG